GCUUUUCGAAGCUCUCAAGAGGAAGAAGAAGGGGGUAGAGGAACCAGGCUGAAGUGGGACUGAACACCAUGAUGGAUUACGCAAAGCAGAUGGAGGCUCAGCGAAGAGCUUUUGAAGCACAGUUCGGCUCGCUAGAGGAAAUGGGGUUUGAAGACAAGACAAAAGCUGUUGAAGAGAGCGAAAGCGAUGCUGAUGGUGUUUCUGAUAGUAAUGAUGAGAACGAGAAUGCCAGUGACGAAGAUGAGGAUGAGUUUCACGAGGAUAUGAUUGACAGAGUGGAUGAUGAACAAUCAGAUAGUGAUUAUGAGGAGGAGAUUGCUAUACAGACGCCUCAACCCACGGUGAUCAAGUUUAGAGACACGACGAGGGAAUAUACAGGUGUUAGCAAAGAGGAUCAAAAAUUGCUGAAAUCAGGGAAGGCUACGAUAAAGAAGAAGGCACCAAUCACAACAAAUACACCAAAGACAAAGGAAGAUACCGAGGACUUGAAAAAUGACUUGGAACUACAGAGAUUUCUAUCGGAGUCCAAUAUCUUGCAACAGCACCAAAAGUAUUCAGGUGCAGAUUUACUCUCUACAACGUUGGAAGGCACAGGAACAGAUUCACUCGUUGGUAAAGUGAGAAGGCACGCUCUCAAAUCAAGAAUUGACGGUCUCAGUGAACAAACCAGCCAUGGUAAGAAUAGAUCCAAAUUGGAAAAGAUGCCGAUGUCCAUGCGCAAAGGUAUGGUUGAAUCCUACAAGAAGAAAGUUGCCAAAUUCGAGCAAGAAGCCAAAGACGGAGGGAUUAUUCUUGCAAAAGUGUCCAAGGGACAACUCAGAGAUAUUGGCAAGAAAGUCACUAUACAUGAGCGUAUUGGUAAGCUGGAUAAGUCUAAGCUGAAGAGCCAAUACAGAAAGAAAGGUCUGAAGAUCAACAGUGUCGGAAGAAACACCAGAAACGGGUUAAUUAUUAGCCAAAAGGACAUUGACCGUAUCAACGGUACUGGCCAAACCAAAGGAAAGAAACACGGAAAGAGACGUUGAAUGUGAUGAUGCUGUGCACUUUCCAGCUCUCAACUCACUAAUGACAUCACCAAAAUUGACCAAUAUAUUGGUGGUGGAUGUGUUAUGUAAUUUUACACGGUGCUCAGUGAUAGGAUCCUAACAUUCGGUAUACAUCCUGUUUUACACCAGCUGUACAUACAUCUGAAGAGCUGAUGAGCAUCACAAGGGACCUAAUUCAUAAAAGUACGAGAUUUUAGAACUUGCCAACCACUCUUCUGUAAAGGCUGUACAAAUAGGAUGUAUUUCUGGC